UCAAAAUACUGUAGAGCCCUCAGCAGUAGAUAAAAAAGCAAUGCGAUAGUGUACAUUUGUAGUAGGUAGCCACGUGGAAUGUAGCAGUAGGUAGCUACUAUGACACAUAGUAAUGUCAAUAUGACAUUUAGUAAUGUCACUAGUGCGUGUUACACACUCAGUUGGUAAACAUUGUAUUUAAUAUGUGCAGAUUUCUCGUAACGCAAACAUAUUAUUUAUCGGCAUCGAUUCCAUAAUAUGUCGGUAUAUCAGUAUAAAAUAUAACUAAAUUUAUAUUUAAAGAAUGUUUAUGUCAGUGGAUCGAAUACGCAGACAGAAAACAAAAUAUUAGCCUACAAAAUCAGUUUAGUUUCCAGAGUUUCUUUUAUUUUUAAUUGCGUACGGCGUAAGAUGCAUUAUAUAUUUUGUAUAAUGUACAGCUGAAUAGAUGUGGAUCCUUGUAUAACAAGUGUUUCAAAAAAGUUGGAUUAGACAUUCUGCUGUUGUUAAUGUGUGUGUGUGUGUGUGCAGUUAAGAUAACUCUCACGCCACGAGCCUAUGUGUUGCAUUACCUUCUCGUGUGUUGCUGGCAACGGAUCCGACUUUUUAAACUACCGCUAGAACGAAACAAAGUAAAAUAUUCCGAUGACGUGAUGGAAAAAUGAGGAAGAAAGUGCAUAAAUUAAAAUCAACUUCUAGAUGUAGAGGCCAGACUACAAGGAGCUACUAACAUAAGUGUUAGCAGGCCACAAAAAGAUUCAUCAACUUCAGCAUCAACUUAAUUAUCAACUUCAUCAUUAGCGACAUCAUCAGUCUUUCGUUUACGGUGUUUCUUUUACACUAUUAGAUCUAAAUUCUUUCUCUCCAUCUUAUAGAACCAAUCAACGCCUCUGGAAUUAAAAGAGAGAGAAAGAGAGAGGGAGAGAGAGAGAGAGAAAAUAAGAAACCCCAACAUUGGAUUGUAAAAUUUGUUUUACUGUGGAUGCUAAGGAUUGGAUAUCCGGAAGAGGACUUUUGCUUGGAUUAACGAUCGUUUCGCUGGGACAUCUAUGUCACUGGAGUGUGUCGCGCCUGUGUCGGGAUGACGUGCGAACACACUUGGUGACCCAGUACACACCAUGAUCGUGUGCUAGCUGCCGGAGUUUAAACUAACUGGGUGAUUUGUGAUUUGAGGCUUUAAACUAACUGGAUACUAAAACACAUCAACUGACUUAUCUUCAACUGAUGAUAGGUUGAGAUCUUUCACUUGCAUCGUUGACAGACUUAUCUGAAUGACGUCUUUUACACUAUGACGUCUUGUUAUUACGUCUGAAAUCAUUGGAAGAGAAGUAAAGGAAUAAGUCGUUUGAGACAGAUCACAAGAUUGAAGACACCUGUCUCGCUUAGAUUUUCUAUGAAGACAUUAAUUAUACAUCGUCUUUGGAGGUCUGGGAUUAAGUCUGAAGUGUCUUUAAAAAUUAGGAUUUGAUCCUAUUCAAAAUGUUUCGAUUUUCAUGAUUUGUUUCGUUGCGUUUUGAUCUUUUAAGAAACUUUUUUAUUUAAACUGCUUACCAGAGAGAGAGGAAACAGGUGACGUAAUUUAAAGCUGCCAUGUUUCAAAGAAUCAUGUGACCUCUUACGUCACAUCUAUGCUUCAAGGCACAGUUUGCCACACUGGAAAUGAAUGUAUUAUUAUGAAACGUCUUGGGGUGUAUAAGUUCCAAGCGUCAUUAUAUUAGCCGUAAAGUUGUCAUUGCGAGAAUAUUUUCUUUUUGCUAUCUAUGACAAUUCUACACGUUUGACGUGAAAAUAAAAUUAUAUGUAGACCUACCCAUCAAGUGGUCAAGAAGUAUGGAGCCUCCUGCAAACUUCCUGUCUCAUUCAGCCGGACUGUCCCUCUAUCCGGCCAUCUCCUCGUCAAACAUACUUCCGCCCAGCCCCGGCGCCCAGGACUCGAUAUCAGCCCGCUCAGCACUGGCAGUGUCGGGCCAGAACGGUUGGGGCGGCUACGGAAACGACUCUCUCGUACCCCACAACAGCUGCUCAAUGGCGCCCUACUCCAACCUGCAGUUGGGCGCCUCUUUCCCCAUGAACAGCAAAACGUAUAACGCCUUCGCGGGCGGGGACUACUUGAACAAUUGCAGGCAGAUGCAAAUCUCGUCGCUGGGUGGGCUCAACGGGAUGAGCCGGUACCACCCCGGACUCUAUGGAGAUAUGUAUCAGCCCGGGCAUCCGCCCGCCUACGCCAACGGAGGCUUUUAUCCGGACAUGGGAGCAGGAUUACCUCCCCUCCCUGGCCGUGAUCUCAACUGCUCCAGCGCUCAGUCGGAUUCUCCCUCAUCAGAAACCAAGGGACGCAAGAAGCGUAAACCUUACACCAGGUACCAGACGAUGGUCUUAGAGAACGAAUUUCUGAACAGUUCUUACAUCACACGGCAGAAGAGGUGGGAAAUCUCUUGCAAGCUUCAGCUGUCAGAGAGGCAGGUCAAAGUCUGGUUCCAGAACCGGAGGAUGAAACGCAAGAAGCUGACCGAGAGGGCGAAGACAAGGAUCAGAGAGGACCAGGAGAAUAAAGACGACCUCCCGGGUCAGCCCACGGGGGCGUCGCAGCACCAGCACCCGCACCCACAGCAGGCGCAGCAGCAGCAGCAGGCGCCGCACCACCACCACCACCAGCCCCCCUCACAGCACCACGCCCUCGGGUUGGGCGGCCACCACAACGGAAGUAUCGGCACCCCUGUCCACCACCAUCCACAGCAGCACCACUCCAUCCAUCCUUCCCACCACCACGGGCUGGUUCAGCCCAAGACAGAGAUCGGCGCCCACACGAACGGCUCGAUGUCAGAUUCAGAUCGAUCUAUACUUUGGAGGCCGGGGGUCAAGGUCAACCAUUCACUACCACCUCCAAGGGUCAAAUAUUAGUAAUAGAUAGAACGGAAUAGCAUACACAUGAACUCUAUGUUACCUAACAGUGCAAUGUCUGGAUUUAUUCCUUGACCAAAAAAAAAAGAAAUACAUACUCAGCUACUUUGACUGUCACUAUGUCUAGCUGAGAUUUAUCAUUUAGUUGUAUACACCCUGUGACGUCAGCAAUCAUUUUCAAAACAAUUUUUUGUUUCCGGUUCUCAAGUUCACAGAUCAAUCCCGCAGUCAAUAAAAGAUAAAAGUGUGAUUGGUGCGAAUAUAGACCCACCAAACAGCCAUAGAGAGAGAGAGAGAGAGGUUCUCAAACUGGCAUCACGGCUGACAUACUUCAAGCUCAAGCGAAUCUGUAGGAUGUAAGGGUCUUAAAUGGAUGACUUAACUUGUACACGCUCUGGGUGUGUUUUUUUUUUUUUUUCGAUGUUUAUAAAAAACAUCUCAUCCCCAGUUCAUCAGUGUUGAUGUUUUCAGGAUGGUACAGCGUGUACAUCACAUAUCUUAUAUAAUUUCAAUGAAAGAGAAUUGAUGUGGUUAUUUCUAUAACAUUUUAGGGCUCUAUGCUUUGGAUAUUCUGAGAAUCGCUGUAUAUCACGAUAAGUAUUUAGCUGACAGAUAAAGUAUAAAGAUGGUAUGACAGAUGAUGUAUAAAGAUGGUAUGACAGUUGAUGUAUAAAGAUGACAUGACAGUUGAUGUAUAAACAUGACAUGACAGUUGAUGUAUAAAGAGGAUUAAAUAUAUAUGUAUUAGGGACUAGCUCAAAUUUUUUUUUACGCAUGCGCAAUUGCAGACAAUUCAAACACACUUGUCUAGUGUGUUGUUUUGGAUACGUCUUAUCGUCCUGUCACGUUGAGGUCAGAUUGUGUAUGACGCCAUUAGAAACAUUUUCUCCAGGAUUGUACAUUUGUUCUUAAGUCUGUUAUAUGUUAAAAUCAACAGAUAUUUCAUAGAAAUAAUGUUGAUGUUUUUUUUUUAAAUGGAUUAAUAUCGCAUUUUAAGUCACUGGUCUGAAGCAAUUUAAAAUAUAUAAACGAUAGCAUCACUGAAUUAUAUAGGUCAGUGCAGUAUUAGGUGAUCUUAGCUUAUGUCUAAAUCUUAACACUG